AUGCAAGGCAGCUCCACCUGCUUCGCAACACCACCGCGUCGCCACAACGCCUCUCUUUCUGCCGAAGCCGAGCUUACUGUUCUCACUGCAGGUAUCUCCUUGGCACACGAGGAGAUGUGCACUCGCAAGGUGGGGGGCACAGUGUUCAACCGCACCCCAGCGGACGGCGCUCCGAGAUACAAGUCGAAUAGCUCCCUCACCGCUGUCGCUGUCUUGUCCGUCGAUUUGUCACCGCGGCAGCGUCGAGGCGGCACCAGCUUCGCCUCGGGCAUUCUUGCAGAGUGCGACUCGCCGUGCGGCUCACCUCGCGUGCACCUUACUCGGCCCUUUUCUAGCCGGGGCUCGUUCGCGAAGCCGGUGCUCUGCGGUAGUUUACCGAGCACUGGAGCGCCGUCGUUGAAGGCUGCGGACGGUGCCCUGGCGAACCGAAGCUCCAGCGGACUGCAUGGUGUGUCGCCAUCUAUCUCGGUGACCCCGAGCGAGGCGGAAGAGGACGUCACCGCCACGAGUGCAGAAUCGGUCUUUGCGACUGCCUCGAUGGAGCCACUGGUGACGCCGGGCAGCAUCGUCUUGACCGCCAACGAUGCAAGGCCGUCGAGCUCGCCGUCCUUCACGUAUUUCCCCAGCGGCGGCGGAGGCGUUCCUCAGGAAAGUUCGGCAUCGACGAUCGAUAAGGCAAACACAGUCGGAAGCGCCACUGCCUUCCGGCUCAGCAGCGUCCCCGGCAUGUGUGAUGGCUGCGGGGCCAUCAAGAAUAACAACAGCUCGAUUGAACAUAAAUGCUUUGAGCCUUUGCAGCUGGAUGCUUCUUGCCACCUCUUCUCCCCACUGCAGCGGUUCUCCAGUGUUCACACCUCGCAGCGCGCCAGCUGUGUCCCGACUCUUGAGCCAUGCGCGUUUAACUGCGGUGGUGCACCGGUAGACCACAAGGACGUUACGCUCGCAUGCCCUUUGUCAAGUGUGCAGCACGGCAAACUGUGCGAGAUCGUCAAGCAGCAGCUGCUCCUGCACGCCUGCCUUGUGUCCAUCGCACGGGAGAGGGAGGACGGAGAGGAUUUGCAGCGGCGCGCCAAGUCCACUUUAGAGAAAGCGCAGUUGCAGCAGCGGCAGCGCCGCUGCACUCGUCUGCUGUCCAUUAUGUGCCUGCUCUGGAGUGUGUUUCUCCGCCUUCCGCUACGCAUUCUGAAGCGAGCGCUGACUACUUCUGCCGGCAAAUUGUGGAAACUCUUGCUGUUGACGCAAGAGUCCUAA